AUGGUGGUUGCAGGCAUGUGGAUAGUGAACACAAUAAAAGAGACGCAGCGUGAGCUGUUGAUCCUGAAGCGCCUACAGGACGUGGACAUCCAGGAAGACCAGAACGCCGUGUUUGUUUGUGAGAUCUCAGUGGAGGACCUGCAAGGAGAAUGGUACAAAAACGGGGAGAGGAUUCAACCCACCAGCACCAUCAAGAUCCGGCAGGAAGGGACCAAACAUUUUCUUCUGAUGUGUAAUGUGAAAGCAGAGGACUCUGGAGAGAUCAAGUUUGUCACCAGACACGUUGAAUCUGUUGCCCGCCUGGAGGUGGAAGAGCUUCCGGUCAACAUUGUGAAGCCUUUAGAGGAUACGACCGCCCUGGAGAAGACGCGUGUUCUGCUCGACUGCACCGUGUCCAACCCCAGAUGCAGCAUCCGCUGGUACAAAGGCAGCAACGUUAUCCUGCCCUCUGAACGCUUCGAGAUAUGCAGCGAGGGCUGCUACCGCAAACUGAUCAUGCAGCAGGUGGCGCUGGAUGAUGCGGGCACGUACAGUGUGCAGGUUGGAGAGUAUACAUGCUCUGCAAAACUCACAGUGGAGGGUAAGAAGUCCAUGACCAAUUUCAAGCACUGCUAAAUUUAAAUUUAAAGUAAGUUUAUUUUUUUCCGUCUCAGAGUGAAAUAUAAUUUCACUUUAAUUUUAUGAUAUAAACACAAAGCAGUAAGGAAAGAUAGGCAAACUGACUUUCAAUAGAUAUCUUAAAUACAAAUGUACCAGGUGCUCUUUUUAGCAGGAUAUUACAUGUAUUACUGCUGCUCUUGUUUUAUACCCAGUAUCAGAGGUGG